AUGAAAGAAAAUCUUAAAACUGAAAUGAGUGAUACUACUUUUAGAAGGGAAGCCACUUUUUCAUUAAAUUAUAUUAGCAGCUCACAAAUCUUUUAUGAAAAUAGAAGACCUUCAACUAAAAAAUCUCUUUAUCUAAGAACCUCUUAAAACUAAGUAAGACUACCUCAUUUUUAAACUCAAAUUAUAUAGAGAAAUGAAUAAUGUAUCAAGACUGAAAAGAAUAAUACAAUUAUAUCAGGAAAGACUUAUAUUACUAAAGCAAUGGAGCAUUAAUAUUUAAGAAUUUCUAGUGAGAAUUUAAUAGCACCUUUUGGUUGUCAAAUUUAAUGUACUAGUGAAUUUUAAUUAAUGAUUUCAUAGAUUCAUCCUUUUCCAACAAAUUAUAAUUGUGAGUAAGUAAUUAAUAAUAGAGGUUUUAUUGUUUCAGUGAUAAUAGGUGAAUUUAUUUAUAUUUCAAUCAUUACUCGAAAAGAUUCAGAACUUAUAUUCAAUCUUUAAUUUAAUUUAUAAUUUGAAGAUAAUAAUUAAAGAAUUAAAACUCUUUAAGAUACUCCAUUAACUGAUUUUCAAUAAAUGUUAAAAUUCUCUCAUUCUAAAUCUUUUUAAUGUAUAAUCAAUUCCAAUAAAGAAUAGGCAGGAAUUAAAAAAAAUAGAUAUUAAGAUGAAAUAUCAAGAUCAGAAAGAUUCUUGAAAGUAUUAUCAACUAGAAAUUUUUAAAGAUAAUCUAAAACACAAGCAAAAAUGUAAAAGUAAUAUCAAAUAAAAGCUAAGAAAUUGGCAAAUCAAGAGAAAAUCAUAACUAAAAUUAUAAAUGACAAGAAAACUCAAAAAGUAAUAUUUGAAUAAUAAUGGGCCAUUAUUAUUUAUUUUAUUAAAAUGAGUUAAAGAAUUUUUGAUGUAUUUUGGCAUAAAAAGUAAGUAAUGAAAAAGAAUAGAUUAGUAGCAUUUCGAAUUAAAUCACUCUUAAGAUAAAUGAAAAAAAAAAUAAUAUGUCCAAAAGGAGAAUUUUUAGAAACAAGAGUUUUAGUUGAUUGUUUUAUUUCAAUUAAGGCUAAAACAAAAACAAUAAGGAGGAUAAUAAGAAAUAAAUAGAUUUAAAUAUUAUUACCUUGUUUAUAAUAAAGAGCAGCUAUUUACUGUAUAAAAAUGAAAAUGAUAAGGUUAGGAGAUAAACUUAAUAUUAUCAAGAAACAUAUUUUAUAUUUUGAAGAAAAUUAUACAAAAUAUAAAAGUGAUAUGAUUGUUAAAUGGGAUAAUUUAAAUGAGAAAAUAAAGGAUGAAGAAAUAAAAUGGAAAUAGGCAGCUUUGAGAAAUAAAGGAUUAGUUACUUGGUUUUAAGUGUUGAAAGAUAAAGAAUUUUAAUAAUAGAUGAGGAAAUGUUUUAUUUUUGAAUUAAUGAGAGAUAGAAUAAGAUAACAUAUAAAAGAUUAGUAAUUAAUUAAGAAAAAUAGAAUGGAUCUUAAAUAUUAUAAAUAAAAAUUAAGAGUUUGUAGAGAUUUUGUGGAAGCUAAUACAUAUAGAGGUGAAAUAUUUAGAUUAACUAAUGAUAUAUAUGCAAUGCAUAUGAAGAAUUAAUUAUUUAUGCAUGUUGAUGUUGAGAAGUAUUUUCAUUUAUUAGUAAGUAAAUAUAUAAUUUUGGUUGAUGAACCUGAUAAUUUGCCUAAUGAAUUGUAAAUAUAAUAGAAAUAGAAAUAAAGAUAAUCUAGACUUACAAUAAGAAGAAUAACAAAAAAAUCUAAAUUUUGA